GCGAUCGGUUCGAUUUCGAUUCCCUCUUGUUAGUUGUCUCUCUUCUUGUGUUAGCUUUUCUGUGCUGUGUUGUUUAACUGUGUUUCUUUUUGUUUAACGUCUUUUGCGCGCGCGUGUGUGUGCUUUAAAAGCUCUUCACGCGCUCUCUGUCUCCCUUUCUCGCUCUAUCUAACUCUGUUUUAGUUUGCGUAUCGUCUCUCUCUCGCUCGCUCGCUCGUUGUUCGCGCGUUCGCUUCGUCGUCUGCGCACUUGUGGCGCAGUCAAGUUAAGAAAACCUGUGCAUGACAAGUGUAGACAAAUUGUAGAUAAAAAUAAAAUGAAAACGUAAAAAAAGAGCUGAACCUGCAUUCAAAAUUUGUUUUUAUUGGAGUACAACAACAACCACAACAACAACAACAAAUAUAGAAACCAAAGAGCAACGCUCAAUGCAUUUUAAGUUUCCUCCAUCCGGCAACACGCAUCGAUUAAGUUAAUAUUUUGGCCUUGAAAUGUUUCCAAAUCAAAAUAAUUUGGUCGCUGCGGGUGCAGCAAACGAUGCCCAACAGCAACAGAACCUCAACUACAAUGGACUGCAGCAGCAACAACAACAGCAGCAACAACAACAACAGCAGCAGCAGCAACAACAACAGCAACAGCAGCAAAACCAACAAUUGUCACAGUCUGCCAAGAAUGUGAGGAAGAAACCGUGUGUGAAGAUCACGGAGCAACCGGCUGGAAAAGCGUUGCGUUUUCGCUAUGAGUGCGAGGGUCGCUCGGCGGGUUCAAUACCCGGCGUCAAUUCGACGGCCGAGAACAAAACCUAUCCGACCAUCGAGAUUUUGGGCUACAAAGGACGUGCCGUUGUCGUGGUGUCCUGUGUGACCAAGGAUAUGCCAUAUCGUCCACAUCCGCACAAUCUGGUGGGCAAAGAGGGCUGCAAGAAGGGCGUCUGCACGCUCGAGAUCAGCAGCGAAACGAUGCGCGCCGUGUUUAGCAAUCUGGGCAUUCAGUGUGUCAAGAAGAAGGACAUCGAAGCAGCGCUCAAGGCACGCGAGGAAAUACGCGUGGAUCCCUUUAAGACGGGUUUCUCGCAUCGUUUCCAGCCGUCGAGCAUUGAUUUGAAUUCGGUGCGUUUGUGCUUUCAAGUGUUUAUGGAGAGCGAGCAAAAGGGACGCUUCACCUCCCCGCUACCCCCGGUGGUGUCGGAGCCAAUCUACGAUAAGAAAGCGAUGUCCGAUUUGGUGAUCUGUCGUCUGUGCAGCUGCUCGGCGAGUGUGCUGGGCAACACGCAGAUCAUAUUGCUGUGCGAGAAGGUGGCCAAAGAGGAUAUCACGGUGCGCUUCUAUGAGGAGAAGAACGGUCAGAUGGUGUGGGAGGCUUUAGGUGAUUUUCAGCACACCGAUGUGCACAAGCAAACUGCCAUUACAUUUAAAACGCCGCGUUAUCGUUCCCUCGAGAUCACGGAGCCCGCCAAGGUUUUCAUACAGUUGCGUCGACCAUCGGACGGCGUCACAAGCGAGCCAUUACCCUUCGAAUAUGUGCCAUUGGAUUCAGAUCCAGCACAUUUGAGGCGAAAACGUCAAAAGACUGGCGGUGAUCCCAUGCACCUGUUGCUCCAGCAACAACAGAAACAACAGCAACAACAACAGCAGCAACAUCAGAAUGAUCAUCAGGAUGGCAGACAAAACAACCUUAACUGUUGGAAUGCCCAGAAUAUACCGCCCAUUAAAACGGAACCGAGAGAUACCUCACCGCAGCCAUUUGGCAUGUAUCGUGCGCCGCCAGAGUUGACACCCUCUCCGCAGCCAUUGUCGCCGUCGAGCAAUUACAAUCAGAACAGCACCCCCUCGCCCUACAACAUGGCAGCGGCGGGAGCAACUGUGCCCGCCAAUGGCCAACAGCAGCAGCAGCAGCUGAUGUCGCCCAAUCAUCACCAGCAACAACAGCAGCAGCAACAGCAAUAUGCUGAGUUGGGCAACAAUUACAAUCCUUUUGCACAGCAAUUGCUGGCACAACAACAGCAGCAACAUCAACAGCAGCAGCAGCAACAACAUCAAAUGCAAUACAAUCCUAAUGCCAAUUCAAAUCCUUUUGUCACGGGUGGCAAUGCGGCACAUUGGGACAACAAAUUCUCAGUCGCUGCUGUGGCAGCUGCUGCGGUGUCGACAGCUCCUGCUGUCGGCAACAACAGCAACAAUCUAAGCAAUCUCAACAAUCCCUUCACCAUGCACAAUCUGCUGACUUCUGGCGCGGGCGCACCCAGCAAUCUGCAAUGGAAUUUGACCACAAAUCAUUUGCAAAAUCAGCACACCCUGCAGCAACAUCAGCAGCAACAGUUGCAGCAGCAUGGCGUACAAAUGCAUCAGCAAUACGACAAUAAUGUCAGCAACACCAACAAUGAUAACAGCAACAACAACAAUAACAAUGAGAACGGUCCAACGAUCAGCAAUCUGUUGAACUUUGACAGCGAGCAGCUGGUGCGCAUUAAUUCCGAGGAGCAGCAAAUGUUGCGUCUCAAUUCAGAAGAUCUGCAAAUAUCAAAUCUAUCAAUAUCUACGUAAUAGCUUACACAAAUUCUGCAGUUAUUAGUCAUAAAUUGCGUGUGUUUGAUACAAAUGUAAAAUGUGUUUUUAGCCUAAUGUUCUUUUUAAAUACGAAUAAAUUAAUCGUUUUAGCAAUAAGUUAACAAAUGUUGUUCCCAACCAUGUUAAAACAACUUGUAGUUGUCUUGCGAUGAAUAAUGAAUUGAAUGAUUUAAGUUGUCAUUGUAAUUGUAACUAUGAUAUUCUAUUAUUUUGAACUAUGUUUGCAAAAUUGUUUAACAAAUGUUUUGCCAAAUCUUGUUAAUACUUUUGAAUUGUAAACUGUUCUUUUAUUGUGAACUAUGUUUGCAAAUAUUGUUUCAAUACCUUUUUUCCCCAAAUCUGUUAAUUUAUCUAUAUUUUAUUGCACCUAUUCCUGUAUACUUUUGUAAAUUUUUAUAUAUGAAAGUUUGUAAUUUACAAUUGACGUUGCAAUAAGCAUCUGUCUACAAAUCCUAGAUGAAGCUUUGUACUCAGUGCUCAUAGUAGAAGAGCUCUUGGCAAGAAUUCAAUUGUACUUAUAUUGUUUCAACUCCUUUCAAAUUCUCUGCAAACAUAGAACAUUUAUUUCGUUAAACAACACAACUAUUUAAAUUUAAACCAAUUUUCAAACAUUGUAAAAGUAAUCGCAAACAAGUAACAGACAACUAAGUAAUAUAACAUUGUAAGAACGUAACUAUUUAAAUUUAGAGAUUGUAGCUGAACUCUCGGUGCCAUGUAUAAUGUCCUUGAGUUCGUCAUCGUUGCUGUUGAAGAUGCCUCGCAGACUUUUCACCGCAGUCGGAAGGAGUGGCAAAGCAGGCGGCGGCGUGCCCGGAAACAUGUAAUAAGCAAAGAAGUGCAUCAGUCGGAACGUGGCAUGCUGAUAAGCCUGACCCUGAGCGAGGCACGUGCGAAUACGCUGCCCCACUGUGGCAGCCAGACAGUUUUGCAGCGUGACCACACGCUCCUCCUUUGCUUUGAGUUCCUCUUCCAGUUCUUCGGCGUGUUUCAUCAAUUUACUGCAGAACAAAAGCUUUAAAUCACCUGCAAAUAUUGUAAGUACUCUUCACUCACCUAAUAUGAAUCUCCAUUUCACAUUUGUAUUCCACCAGAUUCGUGCCCGAUUGCUGCAGUUGCUCCACAACGAGUUUAAUAUUCUCUCGCAACUUAUCCACAUACUGUUGCUUCUCGGAUAGCUCCGAUUUAAGUUCAAACAGCUGCCCCGUGAGUUCAUCUAUAUCGAACUUUGCACCCUGGCACUCCAGCUGAACGCGUGUCAGCUGCUCCAACUGCUCACGCUGCAAUGCGUUGGCCUUGAACAACUCUUUCUUAGUGGAAGAGAGCAGCUCUUGCAGAUUAUCAAUUUCCUGCUGCUUGCUGACGUUCUCCUGGAUUAAGCGGACCUUCUCCUUGUUGACUUGAUCCAACACCAAGUUGAGCUCAUUGUAGGAUAACUUUGUCUUCGCGCUGUCAAUGUACGAUUGCUUCAGCUGAUCAUUGAGCGUAUCAUUGCGACGCUUCUCCACGGCAAAGAGCGUGUUGUACACAUGCAGCUGAUUGCGAUUUUUAACAAACUACAGAGAAACUAGUUGAUUAAGACAUUCCACAAAAGGAUGAAUAACUUACAUUUCGCUUGAAAUCCUCCACCUGUUCGCUGAGAUGUUGCACUUCUUCGCGUCGUCGUCGCCAGGAGCGCAGCAUGAUGGUGUUGAAGACGCGCAAGCUGGCGAGGCGCACAUCCUGAUCUCCAUUGACCACAAAACGGACUUUGGCCUGCGGUGAACUGCACAGUGGUGAGGCAUCCUGGAACAACAGUUGCGCCAAGUUGUCAUCCUUGAUGGUUAGCUGAUUCUCUUGUCUGGACGUGGACACUAGCGCAUUGGCGUUAGUGGGAACAUGAGCCACCAGUUGAUAGUUGCCUGUACGACGAGCUUCCUUGAAGUCCAUUUGAGACACCGAUUUGCGUGCUCGGAAGUUCAGAAUGGCUGCCGUCUGCUGACGCUUUAGUGUUAAGUAUGGCGGCAACACAGCAGCAGCAGCAUCAGGAGGAGCAGCCGCAGGUGCUGCCUGUUUCUUUGCUUUUGGCUGCUGAACUGUGCGCGCAGAAUCGCUAGAGCUAGAGACGCUGUUGCUCAGCGAGUGAUCCGAGGAUGAUGGUGUCAGAAACAUUGGUUUCGGCAGCCUUGUUAGCUGCUGCCUAUUCUCAAAGCUGAAAAGAUUGGCUUGAAGAUUAAGAGCUCGAAUUGUGGUCCUAUGACUCACCUCUGUCGCUUCUUCAGCAAACGCUGGCCGGGAUAGUUUUUGCCUCUUACCUGGGAGCCCAUAGAACUUUUGUUAUACGGCGUCCUUGGCUUUUUGGAACGCGGCGAAUCGUCGCUUUGUUCAUAGCUACGAAUACGCGGACUCUUUGGCCACAUUAUGUCAAAUCAAAUAACGAUCAAA